AUGAAAGCUUCAGUUGUUAUGUAUUGUAGCAGUGAUGUGAAAUGUGCAAAAGUAGGACGAUGCGUUGAGAUACCGUUAGUGGUUCGACGAGAGCAUUCAAUAUCGCUGGCGAAAAUUGACACGCAACAGAACGCGGUCAUUUCAUCGACGAAUAUCGUGCACGGAAUCGACGAAUCAUUCCCGGUUCUUAUCACGGCGCAUAUUUCAAAAGGUAUUUUAGCUUAUAUGGAAAGUUGGUCACGUUCGUUAAGCGAUAAAAUUCGAACGAUCACAUUUCGAAUCGCCGACGAUGCAACUGAGAGUAGUCGUACGAAGAAGAAAUUAUCGAAGUCAUCAGCAAACGACGAAUCUGAUCAUCAUUCGGAAGCCAACUCCGCACCACCGUCAUUAUUGUCGUUAUCUUUAUCAUCGCCCUCUCAUCGCACGAUCUCGUCAUCGUCUACAUAUAUUAAUCGAAAUACUGGCGGUGGUAUAAUUGAAGAAACGAUCACUUCGUUGGCAAUUGACUGGAUAACGAAUCAGCUCUAUUUGGGUGUAGAAACAGCGAGUGUUCAUAAUGCUGGACGUAUUGAAGUCUGCUUAUUGACGAUGACUGAAAACAAUUAUUGUGCGAUUAUACUACAUUCGACAGUAACGAAUUCAUAUCCUCAAAAUUAUCAUGCAGCGAUUACUACUGCUAGAGUUGAUGCGUUACAUUCAUUGGUACUCGAUCCUUUAGAUGGAUAUAUGUAUUGGUUGAAUCGUGUACACAAACGUAUAGAACGCGCAUGGAUGGAUGGACGACAUCAUGACGCGUAUCCAUUUAAGGAGGACACAGCGGACGUGAUUACAACGGCUGCACUCACCCUUGAACAGAGAACAAGAAAGUUGUAUUAUACACGUACGAAGAUGUCAACCGAGGAUUCACAACUAUGGAGUUGUCAUUUGUACGAUCGUGAAUCGUGUAGAGUGGUGGUCUCUGGAGUGAAGAACGCCUUCAGUUUGGGUGUUUUCGAUGAUUUGUUAAUAUGGACAUCGGUAAGUAGUCAAAAUUCUGGAAUAACCAUCUGCAAGAUAGAGGAUUGUAGAGGAACAAUGCGAGAUUUAGCGCAUUCACAAGGCAUUGAGGCAUUACGAGUGCUUGACCAGCGGUCACAACCACCGAGAAUUUCACCGAAUCCAUGUGCAAAAGGGAAUGGAGGAUGUUCACAUAUAUGCGUUCUAAUAGCGGGUGCACCUUGGCGAGCAUGUUUAUGUCCGAUUGGAGUGAAACUCUUAGAAAAUGGUUUGACAUGCGCGCCGAGUGGUAUUGAUCGAGUUCUAUUGGUAGCGACGACAUCAGGACUGAUCUAUAUAUCGUUAGAUACCGAUGAUUAUACACCGUUGCCGAUCAAACUCGCUGCUACUGCUAAUAAUAAUGAUCAAAAUAAGAAUGGAAUGGAAGAGUGGAAAAUAGUUGAUGUUGAUUAUGACGGAGUGGAGAAGAAGAUUUAUUUUAUUGAUGCUGAAACGCGAUCGAUUCAAAGAUGUGAUUUUAAUGGAUCGAAUUUGGAGAGGGUUUUCGUUGAGGAUCACUUGGCUGACAGUAACACUCAUCACAAAUCUGAAGCAUUAACGAUUGAUUGGUUGAAUCGCAAUUUAUAUUGGUUCGAUUCGAAUAUGCCACAGAUCAAGAUACAAAGUUUGGACGAGAAAAAUGGUGUAUAUCGUCAUACUAUAAUAUCAGAUGGUUUAAAACAGCCUCGUGGUCUAGCGAUAGAGCCAUAUGCGGGUUAUUUGUAUUUUUCGGAUUGGCACGAAACAACAAGUCGUAUUGAACGGACUUGGUUGGAUGGUACACAUAGAACAGUUUUGGUAGCGUUGGAGAAAGACGCCUGGCCAAACGGUAUAGCCGUAGAUGGUGAUCAGAAUCGUAUUUAUUGGGUGGAGGGUCGUCAUUCACUCAUUAAAUCAGCUGCACUUGACGACGGAUCAGAUAUUCAGAUUCUGUCGACAGCAAUCAAUCAUCCAUAUUCAAUAUCAAAACUUGGCAAUACAUUAUAUGUGAAUUCAUUAUAUGGACGCAAAAUUUGUGCGUUAAAAAUACCGUCAUAUAAGCGUCGUGGAACACAGUCACAACAACAAGAAAGACAAGCGGAAGAGAAUUAUUCUGAGAGAGAGAAUGGAACAGAGUGGAGUACAUUGGAAGGUAGUGAUAAGACUGAUAGUGAUAGUGGAACGGUUGGUGACAAGAAUGAUAAGGGCAUGUUGAGGAUUGAUAAAAGCGAUGAUAUGAAAAUAAUUUCUGAUUCGAUAAUCUUCGGUCAAAUGGGUAUUCAAGCUGUUCAUCUGAAUAGUCUCGGCGACCAAACGCCUCCGGUUGCUGAGAAAGUGAGUGAGAAUAAUGUUAAAUAUUCUUAUCCAUCUUUGUCGCCAUGCCAAACGAAUCAUGGUGAUUGUGCGCAUAUAUGUGUAAAAUUGCCAGAUGGAAAUCGUGGAUGCUUAUGCGCAAUGGGCUACGAGCUACGUGCUGAUAAUAAGUCGUGUGUAAUGCCAAAAGCAUUCAUUUUAUAUGCACCAUCGAUCAUUAAUAAUGAUAAUAAAAAUACUAUACAUGGUCUAGCUGGUUCAGACUUAAUGCGAAUAUCACUUGAAAAAGCACCAACGCCAGCAAAUAAUCAACGAAUUAGCAUUGCGAAUAUGAGCCUUUCAACACUUAUAACUUUUGAUAUUGAUCAGAAUUCAAAACGAAUAUUUUGGAUUAGCGAAGAGAAGUUACAACGUGGUGAUAUUAUUUUGUACGUUUUGCGUAGUUCCUAUCUGAAUGGUACUGAUAUGAAAACAAUAACUGAGAGUGUUUCAUCAGUGAAUUAUAUUUCGGUUGAUUGGAUCACUGGAAAUAUUUAUUGGUGUAAUGAAGAUGAGAAGCGAAUUGAAAUAAUCAACAGAAACGGUAAAAGGCAUCGAACAAUCGUAUGGGAAAGUGUCGAGCCUCGUCACAUCGUUGUACAUCCCGUGAAAUUAUUUUUCAUUUUUGUUAAUGCGAUUGACAAAAAUCAUCUUGUGAUACAUAAGUCACCGCUGGAAGGACAUCGGAGCGGUGGUCCAGUAGUGAUCAGCGAACGUCGCGAUUCGUUGAUGGUGAAAGCGAUCGCGAUUGAUUUUGAUUCGGAUUUAAUCGUUUGGAGCGAAGUUGAUGAUAGUGGUGUGGGUGAUUCGAUUGGGACAAUUUAUGUUGCUGAUUUUAAUGGUGCAAAUCGCAUGCAAUUAUUGUCAAGCGAACGUUUUCAAGCGUUUUCGUUGUCAGUCUAUCAAAAGAGGAUUUAUUAUUGGAAUGCAAAAACACGAAGUAUUGAAGUUUAUGAUAGAGAGACUGCUAAAAUCGAUAUUGUACAUUCGAAUUUCACAACGACGAACAUUAAUCAGUUGGCAAUCGUGCACGGAAGUGCUCCCAAAGCCCCUCGAAAAUUUUUGUUAAUGGCUAGUAGAGGGCGUUUCAUUCGUUUCAAUCUGAGAAAAAUGCAUUCAUCAAAAUUAUCUUGGAGACAUGAUGCUUACACAACGUUAUCGAUCUCGAAUGUCGGAACACCAUCGUCGAUUGGUUUCGAUUCAUUUUCAGCGAAUCGUUCAAUUUAUUGGAUUAAUUCGCAUGAUGAUAAAUUUAUGAAGCGUGCCUCAGAUUCGGGCAUCAAUUCUGUGGAUAAUGAUAAUCUGCAGUAUAUUGGUGUAGUUGUGUCGGGCAGGGAACGUUCGUCACUUACAAAUCGCCCACCAUACCCUCGACAGUUUGUUAUCUUCCCAGGACUGAAUUUACUGUUCUACGUGGAUGUUGGCGAUAAAGUACCGUUGAUUGUGCGGUGUCUUUUGAAUGGUCGUGAUUGUGUGCGAUGGGACACACCAAAUCUAACGUCAUUUGUUCGUUUACAUGCGAACCACGCAAACAAUCGUCUGUACUAUACGACUGCAAAUGGUCUAUGGUCUCGUGAUGUGCACGUUUUCGCGGAUGUUCGACAUCACGUGCAAAGCGAUGAGUUGGAUGCAAUUGAGAUGGCGCCUAUAAGUGAUAAGAGAUUGAUUGUUAUCAUCAGAAAUGAAUCAGAGUAUGAAGGUAACACGUUGAUCGAAUUAGAAGAUGAUUUGAAGCGAACGGUCACAUUAGAAGAACUGAAAUCACGAAUGUUCUAUGAGACGAAGAAGAAGAGUAAUAAACGGCCAGAAAGCGAAUCAUCCUCGGUACAGUGGUCAUCGGAAUCAGUGAUGAAAACGCGCCGUAUAGUUGCACUAAGCGUGAUUGGUGUUGAUUCGGUGACACGCACCUGCAGCACAUCACGUUGCUCGCACAUGUGUCGAAUACCGAAAGACGCAACACAUCCAAUUGAAUGCCUAUGUCCACUUGGUUAUUCUCUGCAAACACCAAAUGGUAGCAUAUGCUAUGAGCAUAUGAUGUGUGCAAAAUGGCAAUUCAAAUGUGCUGAUGGCAGACAGUGUGUUCAUUUGUCGAUGAAAUGUAAUGCAUUCGAGGAUUGUUUGGAUGGCAGUGAUGAGGCGCACUGUCGCAAUAUACAAAACCCGCACAGUUGGCCUUGUGAUGACGGAAAAACAACUAUCGCACGACGUUUGUUAUGCAACGAUAGCUCGGAUGAAACGCAUUGUCGUUGUGAGAAUCCGUCGAAUGAAUUUGAUUGUGGUAUGCUCCAAAAAGAACUGAUUAAAACUGAUUACGAUUAUCAUCUACGUUCUGCUACUCGUCCUGCCGCCAUUGUGAGUAUGGCUCGUCAUCGUGCUCGAAUCCAUCAUCACCGUCAUCAUCACCAUCAUCAAUUAUCCAAUUAUGAUUUGACGAUGGGUAAUGAUCGUGAAAGCGGUGACUCGAGUCGUCAUCCGUCUUCAUUUAAUGGUGGCAUUGAUGGCGGCUUAGGCUUUAGUAGAGAGGUGGUGGUGAAUCGCGAUGACGACGACACCAGCCUCGAGACCGAAGGAAGAGAUAAUGGCUUGGAAGGUGCAGCAGCAAUAGGAUCAAGAAGAAGGGGUGGUUCAGCGGUGUUUCUCGACGAUGCGCUUCUCGCAGAAGGUGACUCGCAGACGGAUACUGCAGGAGGAGAACGUCCGAAGUCAGCAUCGUCACCGUCCGAAACAACGUUAUUGGGUUCAUUCGAAAUGCUGAUUCCAAUGAUAAUAUUAUUUGUGGUGAUUUGUGUUUGUGUAUCGGUAUGUUGUUGUCAUCUGACAACAUCGUCAAGACGUCUUCAAGUUACGACUACAACAGGACGGGCAACUAUACUGGAACAGCAACGCAGUGAUGAGGAAAAUAUGACGAUGAUGAUGAUGAGCAUGAGUAUGGCUGCUAGUGCUGGCGCUGCGAACAGUACGAUGGCUAAUGCUAAUUUAUCAUUAGCGUGCAAUUCCACGCAGCCAUUCUACAAUAAUAAUUGUUGUGUUGUGGUGGAUGGUGGUGAAAAUGUUAUGGCGGGCGGUCAACAAGCGCCGUUCACAUUUUUGACAACCAACAAUAACGGCUCAGCAGGACCAGCAGCAGCAGCAGCAGCACCAAGUCGUCGUCGUGUGCAUGGUCAUACUCGUGCACAGCAUGCACAUACUCAUUCUCAUGCUCAUCCUCGUUCUCAUAAAAAGAAUAGAAAUCGUCGCCAUCUUCUUGCUGCCGACGACGAAUAUUCGCACUGCGUAAUGAGCGAGUCAGCGGCACUGAAUCCGAGUGCUGAGGCACGCGUUCUGCUUCCAGCAAAUUCAGACGGAACACAAGUCGAGUUGCAGCUACGCACCUUCUCGAGGACGACAACCGGUUUAGGCACGUCUUCAUCAAUACUCUAUAAUGCUCUACCACCACCCAAUUCAGCUGUUUGUUGUGAGGAUGAUGGUCAUAGUGCGUUCAGCAGAAAUUACGACGAACGCCUAACCAAUUACGAGCGAUCCGUUUUGAGUGGUCGCUGUUCUUCUUCCGAUGCUGCGGUUGCUAUCAAUAGCAAGAACGCUAGUCAUAGUUUCCGGAUGAAAAUGCAAAAUGAGAUUAAUAAGAAUAAAAGUAGUAGUAAGAAAAAGAAUUUCACUCAUAUCAUUGGCGGCAUUAUCAAACAACAUCGUCGCAGCAAUAAUGGCAUAAGUGAGCGGCAACUUUACAAAUCCGGUAAUAAGAAUGGUGAUAAGAGAUAUUCGAAUAACGAUCAUGAUAAUGAGGAAGAAUACAAGCAACACUUCUACGCACCGCCACCAUCUGCAGCUAGUUUAUCAACAUACGGUGUGGUGAAGCCGGCUGGCAUGAUAAAAAUAUUACGUUUAACAGCGGAUGCAAACGAACAACAAGCGUGUUACGAUCAGCAGCAUCAUGUUGCUGGAAGCAAUGCGCUGGAUGUUGGUGGUGCUACGAAGAGCACAGCUGCAGCGGGUAGAGUCGGUCUGCGAAGUGCGGCUGGCGGAAAAGAAGAAGCGGGUAAUGUGACGGCUUCAAGAGGAGCGCGCUCGGCUCUCGGUCGACAUCAGCUUAUCGGUGAGGCGACCGAAGCAUUGUCACGCAAAAAUCGUCGUCAUCAUCACUCUCGUCGUCGACGACGUCGUCAAAGGACUGAACAAGACGUAAAGCAGACAGUGAGUGCGAAUCAGAAUCUGAAACCAGCGAAUCUGUUGAAUCAGUUACAGCCAGCAGCGGCUGCUACUGCUGCAGUUAUUCAAAAUUUUUAUCCAACAACGGAAUCCAGAAGUCCACCACCGUCUUAUUCUCAAGUAGCAUCAUCGUCAAAAUCGAUAAUCAGUGAAGAGUUGCAACGAAAAGAGCCAGUGGUACAACCAGAAAAACAUCGCUGUGUUGAUGCGACAACAAAGAUGAUGAUGAUGAUAAAUGAUAGUGAUAAGAAACAGCACAAGAGGAAGUGUCAUAAUGUUGGUAUUCAUUUGUAUGAGCAUUUUCCGAUUCAGUGCCGCAACAGUGAUCGUAGUCGAAAUGCUAAUCGAAACACUAGCCGUGCUCAUAAACGCAGCAACCAACGAUCAUCAUCACGUAAACAGCAUGAGCUUAUUGUCGAGCAACAAGUGCUGCGGGAAAAGCCAGAAGAAGCGAAAAUAGGACGAGUGAAUGAAUGUGGGUCCAGAUUUGGCAUAUCACCUGAAAUGAAAAUGCGUUUGGAGGGAAUGAUGCAAUUUGAGAGAGGCGAACGAUCGAAGGAAGAAGAAGACGACGACGACGAAAGUUUAGUUUUAGGCUCACGAUUAGAAGAAGAAGGCGACAGUAGUGAAUAUGAUAGUGAUGAUUAUGAAUAUAAUAGUGAAAGGUGGAGGAAUGGAAAGAGGAGCACAGCAGCAAGGAGCAGUGAUGAUGGUCGUCGAGCACCUUUGAAUAGUCGUAUCGUAUCGCCUCUUCUUAUUUCUCGUUCCAAUUCCACAAGUUGUAGUUCAUCUUAUAAUGGUGAGGCAACUGAAGUUGAAGCUAGAGCUCAGAGUGGACAGCGAUUGCCGAAUUGUUCACGGGAGCACUCUUCUUUAUCACUGUUGUUGUCAUCGUGCACGUCAUCAAAAACGUCAUUGCUACCAUCAUCCUCUUCGUCGUCAUCGUCAACCGAAUCGUCAUCAUAG